AAAACAAUGCAAGGCUGUUUAGAUAUUAGAUGAUAUUCAUACGUCGCCAACCACCAGGCACAACAGGUUUAAACCAGAAUAGCUUUCCGGAUUUCAUGCGAGGAAAACGUUUUAUACCAGUGCAAGGAGGCAUCGAGAAAGAAGCCUGUUUUAGCCAGUUAGUAUGCAGCGGUCAGCUUACACAAUGUCGGGGUCCCACAAAAUGGGCGAGAUCGACUAAUCUUCAUCCGUGUUCUAAACAGGCACUGUCAGUAGGGGGCGUGCCGCGGUGAGGGUUCACGAACGAAUGGAAUAAACCAUCCUUGUUAGUUACCGGGGGGACAGACAGCGUUAGUGCAAAAAUGCCACGCGUCACAAAACCUUUCCUUGUAGUGACGUCACUGGUAGAGCGCCCCACACGGACAGGCUUCUAUUUUUAGCGAAACGGGACAAAAACGGCAUAUAGGACGACAGAAGUGUUACGUUUAUGCGCGAAAGGUUUUCAGAACACCCCUACGCUGAAAACGCCAACCCGAUUCACCUGUUGCACACUGGUUUUAGACGACAAGGAAGUGAGACCGAAAAAAAUCCACGCUCCGCCAGGCCGCGUUGUAUUUCAGCUUUUCAAGUGACGUUUGUUUUGACUAUUAUGUCAGAAUGUUGAGAUCGUGGGAUUUAUUAGUGUAUGUACUGUGUGUGUUGUGUAUGGGACAAAGGUUCGCCAUAGGGCAGACGACUUCUACCUCCACAACGAUUUCUACCACCGAAGCUGGCAGUGUGUGUACAGUGGAUACAGCCGACCGAGUAACAUGCAACAGUGCCACAGAAGCUACAUCAUCUUCAGAUGGAAGUUCUAGUUCAGACUGUGCAGACCAAGGAACUUGGGCUUUUGAAGUCAACGCAACGGCAGGCACCAUAGUCACUUUUAUCGGACGCCAACCCGUACUCGUUUUAAAUACGACAGCAGAUGGGGUCACCACGUUUCAAUACAAUGUCGGCUGCUGCUAUGACGUCACGGUUAACGACGCCACAUCUAACGCCACCACGUGCGUACUUGACGUCACCGACAACCCCACACCUGCUGCACUGAGUUUCGACAAAGACACGUUCGCGCAUGUCGCUAUCGGCUGCGGUGGCGGCAUCGUCGUCAUGCUGUGCCUGGUGUUCGCCCUCGGCGCCAUCUGUAACAAGGACCAGAAGAAACAAGCAGCCAAGUACAAGGAAAACGCGGGAAACCAACAGAGGAAGGUCGAACAGCCUCGCCCCCCGAAUCAGCUUCAAGACACGCCGAGACGGCCAGCUCUAGACGCUGUGUUCGACACAGGCCAGAGACAUGGUCCACACGCUGCUGGCUACAGCGACAGGGCCAUGCCGGAUCCUCGCUCGGCGUCGAGCGGAGGGCCCCCCAACCGCGGAAUGCCGGACCCUCGGUCGGACCCUCGGUUGGACCCUCGGUCGGCCCCGAACGUAGGUCAUGCUGAUCGCGGCAUGCCGGACCCUCGCGAGCAGUCCUAUGGAUACGACAGACCGCCCUACGACGAGCCCCGCGGGCGAGACUACGACGACGGCUACGACAACUUGUCGUUUCAACACGACGAGUACGAGCGUCCACGACCUCCGAGGGAACACCACCAACGGGAGCAGAUGCGUCGACACACCGAAGCGCCCCCUCACGGACCACCGCGGUACGACAACCAUGGAGAGGCUGCCAGGAAUUUCAACGACCCUUACGACGGUUACGACCGCUAUGAUCGACGGGAAGGAAAUCGCCACGGCCGAUACUCGGAGAUGCCGCAAUACGACAGGGGCAUGCGCAGUGGACCACCCGCAGACUUCGACAUGUACUAGCAAAGGUCAAGACUGUCUGCUUAGCAAGAAUGAGAAAUUUGUCCUUUUUCGAGGGGGGUAUCUGAUUUCAGAUUGCUGCCAGUUUUCUAACGUUGCCUAGCGAGGAACCUACACCCUUUAGGAGUUUCAAAUAAAGGGAACUUAGUAAAAAAAAAAUUAAUAGCGUCAAUCAUAAAUUCGGCGAGCCGAUAACAGCCCCAACCCCAGAAUGUCAGCGAGGCAGCCUAGUAUAAAAGCUAAAUUGGAGAAGCAUUUGACAAGUCUUUCUCUCUUGACAAAAAGGUUUAAAGUAUUUCAAAACAAUGACGGCUAACUUAGCCAGGAAAGCUACAAAAAGAAGAACAUUUCUUUCAGUGCGUGCGGCAAGAAAUGCCUGAAAAAACUCGAACAAAGCUAGAAAGCAAGAAGCUUAUAUAUGUCACUGUCUGUAGUGUUUGUCGGACUGAUAAGUUAAUGAUUCUAAUAUGAGUAUAAACAGGUUAAAAAUAAUGUACUACUAGAAUAGAAUCGUCGUGUCAUAUUGAUACAUAUAAAGCCUAUAUGCUGUAACACGAGGGCCAUGAAACUCAAGAUUGCAUUGAUUAUGCUGCAUCAGAAAUACUAAAAUACUAGCCGUGGAAGUAUACGAAUGUAAAUUUGUCGUAUGCUCUUUUGUGACAUAAAUUUAUGAAGUACAAUUCUACAUUAGUAAUACUAUGUUACAUAAUGUUUGGGGAUUUGCCCCUACUAAACAGCGAUUAUGCGAGUAAAGUUG